AUGUCGAGCAAGAUAAGAAGUCGUUCGCUGAGUCAGGAUCGUCAACGGCGUUCGAGUUUAACAACUGAUCAAGUAACACAUCCUACAAAUGUAUCCAGUCGUAAUCAGCAUCGAAUCUAUUCGGGUAUCGACCUACGAACGCCAAAACAAAAAAUUGAAGAUUUAGAAAAGGAUUUACUCGACUGUCAACACCCACCGGAUUCUGAUGAAUACCUCAGUCAACUUAUUCUUAUGCAAGUCUAUAAAAAUUUGGAGUACGGAGAUAUUUCGAUAGAAAAUGCCCGUGCUUACAUAAGUCUCAGCGAAUUCUAUUUCAACCGAAAGAAGAAUUUUCUAGUUCAAGCUAAAUCUCAUGCUCUCAGUGCGCGACAAAUUCUUGAGCAAUUAAAAAUCAAGCCCAGCGAUGAAAAUCUUCUCACCAAUCGUCUCGCUUACGAUAUCUACUUUCUUCUACUCAAAUGCUCGUUCAAUGCCAAGCGAGAAAGCAAAUCAACAAGAAACAAACACAUCUUAUCCAUUGAUAAAACGCAUAUUGAUCAUGAUAUGCAACUAAUCGAAAAAUAUUUAGAAAAAUUAAAACAACUGAUGCACAGAGAUGAUUACGAUCAAAUCAAUAUGAAAUAUUUAAUGAUUAAAUUCGAUAUAAUUACCACGCAGAACUUCAAAGAAUGCUACAAUCGAAUGGAAGAUUUAAUUUAUCAAUUGACAGAAUAUAUCGAAAAGUUUUACUCUCACGAGCAAAUGAAACGAAAGAUUGAUCUGUAUCUACGUUCGGGAUCGUACUUCACUCAUUUUCAAGAGAAAACAUCCGAUGGGCUAAGAUAUUUUCACAAAGCAGUGGAAUUAGCUGAACGACAGGAAAAUUUGACAUCAUCGGUUGCAAAUAAACAUCAAUUAGCGAAGGCAAUUUUAGAGCGAAGUAUCGGCAAAGUACGAGCAGAUCAUUUCACAGAUGAACUCGAAAAAGACUUUCGAAAAGCGAUCGAAUUAUACAAGGAACCAAGUCACGAAAUAACUAAGAAUGUUUUAAAAGUUAUUGAUGAAUUGGCUGUUUAUUAUACCAAAGUUAGAAACUAUCAGGAUGCAUUGAAUAUUCUUUGUGAAACUCUAUCGGAUAAAAAGCGGUUAUUUGGUGAGUUUUCCGAAGAAGUCAUUCAAACAGAAUCACGGAUUGGUGCAAUUUAUUUACGAGAAGGGGAAUGUUUAAAUGCUGCAGAACAUUUCAAAGUCUGUCUUGAUUUACAAGAGUUUGUUUACGGUUCAAACGAUCCGCGCACGUCGGAAACGCGAAGUACAGUCGACCUUUUGAAAAAAGAUCCAAUGGUAUGUCGAACAUUUUUUGCCCGAACGGACGACGGUAAACGUCAAGACCGACCAGCGUUUCGAACGAUAAAUCGAAUAUCUUACGAAAAUCAAGAUCUCCAAUUGAUACAAACUAUGAAUCAUAAGCCACCGAUGAUCCCGAAGAUAUAA